GGCUGCUCAGCUCUUCUCUGCAGCAGGAACUUACCUGUUCCACGGUCCAGCGCUGUGCAGUCUUCCCGCACCGGCAUCUUUAGUGUCCGCAGUCUCUUGGUCAUCCCCUGUACUGUCUGCAGUCUCCUGGUCAUCCCUGUACUGUCUGCAGUCUCUGGUCAUCCCCUGUACUUUCUGCAGUCUAUGGUCAUCCCCUGUACUGUCUGCAGUCUCUGGUCAUCUGUGCUGAGUCCGCAGUCUCUGGUCAUCUGUGCUGUGUCUGCAGUCUCUGGUCAUCCCCUGUACUAUGUCCACAGUUUCUGGUCAUCUCCUGUAUUGUGUCCCCAGUCUCUGGUCAUCUCCGGUACUGUGUCCGCAGUCUCUGGUCAUCUCCUGUACUAUGCCCGCAGUCUCUGGUUAUCUCCUGUACUAUGUCCGCAGUCUCUGGUCAUCUCCUGUACUAUGUCCGCAGUCUCUGGUCAUCUCCUAUACCAUGUCCGUAGU